AUGACGUUCGAAACCCGCCUCUUCAUCAACAAUGAGUCGUCUUUCAUCCAGUAUGUCCCUUCCUCGACUGGAGAGACCCUCUCGGUCUACAACCCGGCAGACGACAGCUUGGUGACCGACCAAAUCCAAGUCGCUUCAAGCGAGGACGUCGACAAAGCCGUUGCGGCGGCCAGUAAUGCCUUCAAGACUUGGAGAGCUACGCCGAGCUCACAGCGCGCGGCCAUCAUGCUUAAGUAUGCCGACCUCGUCGAGCAACACGCCGAGACUAUUGCUCAGCUCGAAUCCACCAACAUGGGCAUGCCAAUCAUAAUUAGCCGGAUCAUGGCAUCUUCACAGGCCUCGACCUUCCGCUACUACGCCGGUCUCGCGGAUAAGAUCCACGGCGAAACCUACCCAGAAGACGGUGAUGGUCAAUUCAAGAUGAUUACCUAUGAGCCCCUGGGUGUCUGUGCCGGCAUCUCAGCUUGGAAUGGAACCCAGCUGUCCAUUGGAUGGAAGAUCGCCCCGGCAGUAGCUAUGGGCAAUACCGUCGUACAUAAGUCGUCCGAGCGAGCACCCCUUGCCGCAAUCUAUCUCGGGUCGCUGUUCAAAGAAGCCGGCUUCCCUCCCGGAGUUGUCAAUCUCCUAUCAGGCGGCGGCACAACCGGUGCUCUCCUCGCAUCGCACAUGAAUAUCGCCAAGAUAUCAUUCACUGGCUCCAUUGCAGCUGGCCGCAAGGUGCAGGUAGCAGCCGCACAGAGCAACCUUAAGCACGUCACUUUGGAGUUAGGAGGCAAGUCGGCCUCGAUCGUCUUCGAGGACGCGAAAAUCGAGAACGCAAUCCUCCAUAACACCCAGAACUUCUUGGCCAACAACGCACAGGCGUGCUCAGCAGCAUCACGUCUCUUCGUGCACGAAAAGAUUGCGCCGGCUUUCAUCGAGGGGCUCAAGCAGGCCUGGGCGGGCAUGUCGGCCGCGCUGGAUGAUCCCACUGAUGCCAACACCUUCCUCGGUCCCAUGGUGGACCGGGCGCAGGCUGAACGCGUCUAUGAAUAUAUAGAAGGGGCAAAGGCAGAGGGCAUUGAGAUUGUCGGUGGUCAGGCGCAGGAGCGUCCUGGACAGUUUGUGACCCCGACCCUGCUCCUCAAUCCGGGGAUCGAAAGUCGCGUGUACAAGGAAGAGAUAUUUGGCCCGGUCCUCGUGGUUCGCACAUUUAAAACGGAGGAGGAAGUGGUUGAAUUGGCCAACGAUACUUCGUAUGGCCUAUCCGGUAUCAUCUUCACAAGCGAUAUUAGCAGGGCUCUACGCGUAGCAUCCAAGCUUGAGGUCGGAACUCUGUCCAUCAACGGUAGCCAUUGGCCUAGCAAGGUCACUUCGUGGGGAGGCUGGAAGCAGAGCGGGUACGGACGUGAAAGCGGUUUGGAGGGACUCAAGGAAUAUGUCCAAUCUAAGUCGAUUCAUGUUCACCUUACCGUGUAG